AUGUCUGUUCCAUCCUCGCUGAGCCAGUCGGCCAUUAACGCCAACAGCCACGGAGGCCCCGCCCUGAGCCUGCCCCUGCCCCUGCACGCGGCCCACAACCAGCUGCUCAACGCCAAGCUGCAGGGCACGGCCGUGGGACCCAAAGACCUGCGCAGCGCCAUGGGGGAGGGCGGCGGGCCUGAGCCCGGCCCGGCCAAUGCCAAGUGGCUCAAGGAGGGCCAGAACCAGCUUCGGCGGGCUGCCACGGCCCACCGUGACCAGAACCGAAAUGUGACCUUGACCCUGGCCGAGGAGGCCGGCCAGGAGCCCGACACGGCACCCUUGGGCCCCAAAGGCCUGCUGCACCUGUACUCUGAGCUGGAGCUCUCCGCCCACAACGCGGCCAACCGGGGGCUCCGGGGACCCGACCUGAUCAUCAGCUCCCAAGACCAGGGGCCGGACGAGGGAGAGGAGAAGGCCGCGGGGGAAGCAGAGGAGGAGGAGGACGAGGAAGAGGACGAGGAGGAGGAGGAGGAGGAGGAGGACUUGUCUUCUCCCCCGGGGCUGCCCGAGCCCCUGGUGAGUGCGGAAGAGCCCCCUGCAUCCCAGGCCCUGGCAGACGGCCCCCGAGAGCACAGCAAGAGCGCCAGCCUCCUGUUUGGCAUGCGGAACAGUGCAGCCAGCGACGAGGACUCCAGCUGGGCUACCUUAUCCCAGGGCAGCCCCUCCUGCGGCUCCCCGGAGGACACAGAUUCCUUCUGGAACCCCAACGCCUUCGAGACGGAUUCCGACCUGCCGGCUGGAUGGAUGAGAGUUCAGGACACCUCAGGGACCUACUACUGGCACAUCCCGACGGGGACCACGCAGUGGGAGCCCCCGGGCGGGGCCUCCCCCUCCCAGGGGAGCAGCCCCCGAGAGGAGUCCCAGCUCACCUGGACAGGCUUUGCCCACGGAGAAGGCUUUGAGGAUGGAGAGUUUUGGAAGGACGAACCCAGUGAGGAGGCCCCCAUGGAUCUGGGAUUGAAGGACCCCGAGGAGGGGACGCUGUCCUUCCCGGCUCAGAGCCUUAGCCCGGAGCCAUUGCCCCCAGAGGAGGAGAAGCUGCCCCAAAGGAAUGCCAACCCAGGGACCAAGUGCUUCGCCGUGCGCUCCCUCGGCUGGGUGGAGAUGACCGAGGAGGAGCUGGCCCCCGGACGCAGCAGCGUGGCCGUCAACAAUUGCAUCCGGCAGCUCUGCUACCACAAAAACAACCUGCACGACCCCAUGGCUGGGGGCUGGGGGGAGGGAAAGGACCUGCUGCUGCAGCUGGAGGAGGAGACGCUGAAGCUGGUGGAGCCGCAGAGCCAGGCCCUGCUGCACGCCCAGCCCAUCGUCAGCAUUCGCGUGUGGGGCGUCGGGCGGGACAGCGGAAGAGAGAGGGACUUUGCCUACGUGGCUCGGGAUAAGCUGACCCAGAUGCUCAAGUGCCACGUGUUUCGCUGUGAGGCACCCGCCAAGAACAUCGCCACCAGCCUGCAUGAGAUCUGCUCUAAGAUCAUGGCGGAACGGCGCAAUGCCCGCUGCUUGGUCAACGGGCUCUCUCUGGACCACUCUAAGCUUGUGGAUGUCCCCUUCCAAGUGGAAUUCCCAGCUCCGAAGAACGAGCUGGUACAGAAGUUCCAAGUCUACUACCUGGGGAACGUGCCUGUUGCGAAGCCUGUUGGGGUAGAUGUAAUAAACGGGGCCCUGGAGUCCGUCCUGUCCUCCAGCAGCCGGGAGCAGUGGACCCCAAGUCACGUCAGCGUGGCCCCUGCCACCCUCACCAUCUUGCAUCAGCAGACGGAGGCAGUGCUGGGAGAGUGCCGGGUGCGCUUCCUCUCCUUCCUGGCGGUGGGCAGAGAUGUCCACACGUUCGCUUUCAUCAUGGCUGCCGGCCCAGCCUCCUUCUGCUGCCACAUGUUCUGGUGCGAGCCCAAUGCGGCCAGCCUCUCUGAAGCGGUGCAGGCCGCGUGCAUGCUCCGCUACCAGAAGUGUCUGGAUGCCCGCUCCCAGGCCUCCACCUCCUGCCUCCCCGCGCCCCCGGCCGAGUCCGUCGCCCGGCGUGUAGGGUGGACUGUCCGCAGGGGCGUCCAGUCGCUGUGGGGCUCCCUCAAGCCCAAACGCCUAGGGGCCCACACCCCCUGA